CAUCAAUCAACCGAAUACAAAACUCCCCUAUAAAUAAGAUAAUCGCACCAAAACAUGUGGAAAAUUGCAUCAAACAUCAACGAGGUAACUGCUUAUAAGUUUUUUCACAUAUCGAUUUGAAACAUAAAGAAGUUUCUUGUGUAAAAAUAAUAUGACAAUUUCAAAAUUGACAUAAAAAAUGACAAUAUCGUAACCUUCCUCCGAAGUCAAAGUUCUAUGAACUCCGUUGUCUCGGUUCAAUACUAAUUGCAUGAUCUGUGAGAAGUUUCAAAACAAAAAUUACGUCAAUUAGAAUAGUACGAAUUUGUACAUAUAUGUGAGAAAGAAGGCGUUCUUGUUCUCUAUUUCGCGUUAUAUGUUAUGUGCGGAAUUUGACGUGGGAGUGAUAGAAAUGUUGUGGCAUAAAAAGCAUUGACAUGUAAAGUGUUAAUAAAGAUUCCAAUUGAAAUGUGCUUGUGUAAUAAAUAAACCUGAAAAAUAUUUGUAACAAUGAAGUUGAGCAUCUUAGAAAAACGAGAAUUAGAUAAAUUCACAAAGUUUUUGGCACUCAAGUGUACCCAAAUUAUAGUACAGUCACGACUUGGAGAAAAAGUAUCAACAAACUGUAGGCCCCAAACAACAGGCACAGACUGGUUCAAUUUGAAUAUUAGUGAUCUACCAGAUGUUCUUGCAGAAACAAAAAGAGUUUUGAAUGGUGAAAUUCUGUCAUCAAAGUUACCCCUGUGUGUAGAAAUUUCAUUACGCACUUCAGAAGGGGAUCGCAUGGUUUUAGAAAAUUGGUGUUUGAGUAUGUUACCUGAGCAAUGUGAUCCUACUACAAGAAUAGUGCAUACAAUAUAUAAUCGUAUGGGUACAUUACUCAAAACACUUGUAUCUAUUACACGAGCUGUUCCUGCUUAUAAACUUUCUCGAAGACAAGGUCCUGAUUCCUUCGUUAUUUGUUAUCGUGUCUUUUUAGCUGAACCUUUGAUUCAGUGCCUAGGUGAUGAUUUUAACCAAGUUCAAAUUGGUCAAAUAUGUACCCCGAUUGGUACAUUAAGUCUCUCAGUUGCAUAUCGCACGAAAAUGACCAUCUCACCUACACAGGCACAAACACAGACACAGAAACAGACACAAGAAGAACUUGAAGAAUCUGAUGUAAAUAGUGAUUAUUCUUAUCAUCAUUCAACCUCGGAAAGUGCAAGCAGUGAAGAUGAGGAGCAAUAUUAUGCAAGACUGAAAAGAAAAGUCGAGAGACGCAACGAUCGUUUUCCUUUUGCUACAACGAGAGAAUUCAGAGCCUCCGAUUUCCCUGAUUAUAAAACCCGUAAAGCAGAAAAGGACAUUUGGAAAUCCAUUGGGGUGUAUAAAAGAAAAAAAAGACAUGCCAAGAUCGAAAAAGACAAAACAACAGAAGUGGAAAAUAAGAUGACUGAUAUAGAAACCAGUACAACAGAAGUGGAAACCAAAAAUAUAGGAGAUAAAAAUGACGAUAAUGGUCAACAAGAAGCUAACGGAAACUCAGUGACUGAAUUGGCAGCAAAAUUGAAUAAUCUAUCAGUAGAACCACCAGAUCCAUUUGAUUACACAGAAUGGGAACCACCUUUUUGUAGUGGCAAUAGUUUUAUGAUUCAGUGGGGACGAUUCUAUCAUAUGGUUAAAAAUCCACCCUCUAUCAAUCCAAGAGUGCCUACUGCUGAAGAACUUCAAAGUACACUGGAUUAUUGGGAAUCUCGUGCGCCAGAAUUUGAUGCAAUACUAGAAAAAUUUUCUCAGUCGGACAGUAAAUAAUGUGAAAGUAUAUUAUUGAGAUUUUAUUUGUAUUUUACAAUAAAAAUUUUAACAGAA